GCCCCCGCCAGCCUCCCGGAGGCGGGGGGACGAGGCUGACCGACUUCCUCCCCGAGGACGCCACCCCCUCAUCCCCGGAACGGAGCUGCAGACCGCACAGCCCCAGCCCCAGCUUGCUGGGGAGCUAGCUGAAUCCUCUGUCCAGCGCCCGCCCCAUCUCAGUGCAGGAGCGACCGCGCGGGAGGCUCGCCAAGAUGGAGCAGACGUGUGAAGAUAUAGACCAAAUGUUCAGCAAUUUGCUGGGAGAAAUGGACCUUUUGACCCAGAGUUUAGGGGUUGAAACUCUUCCACCUCCUGUGCCUGACCCACCUCAUACUGAAUUUAACUACAGUGUUGGUUUUAAAGAUUUAAAUGAGUCAUUAAACGCACUGGAGGACAAUGACUUAGAUGCUCUAAUGGCUGACCUUGUAGCAGAUAUAAGUGAGGCAGAGCAGAGAACCAUCCAGGCCCAAAAACAAGCUUCUCAGCACCCGCCAAACACAGCAUCUCAGUCGUCAUCAGUCCUGGGCAGUGGAGCUUCCCUUGGUUAUAAGGCAGAUUUUACCAGCGCGGGUUUUAGCCUUUAUGACGAUGAAUUGCCUCCCCCACCUGCAGACCCUGUAUUAGACCUUCCACCCCCUCCACCUCCUCCUCCUGAAUCUCUCACUCAGGAAGAAGAAGAAGCGCAGGCUAAAGCUGAUAAAAUCAAGCUUGCCUUGGAAAAGCUGAAGGAGGCCAAGGUUAAAAAGCUUGUUGUCAAGGUACAUAUGAACGACAAUAGCACUAAGUCACUGAUGGUGGAUGAGCGGCAAUUAGCACGAGAUGUUCUGGACAACCUCUUUGAGAAGACCCACUUUGAUUACAACCUAGAUUGGUGUCUUUAUGAAAUAUACCCAGAACUACAAAUCGAGAGGAUUUUUGAAGACCAUGAAAAUGUCGUUGAAAUCUUAUCAAACUGGACAAGGGAUACUGAAAAUAAGCUAUUAUUUUUGGAGAAAGAUGAAAAAUAUGCUGUAUUUAAAAACCCUCAGAAUUUCUACUUGGCUAAUAAAGGAAAAAAAGAAGGCAAGGAAACAAAUGAGAAAAUGAAUGCGAAGAAUAAGGAAUUUUUACUAGAGGAAAGUUUUUGUGGGACAUCUGUCAUUGUGCCAGAAAUUGAAGGAGCUCUUUAUUUAAAAGAAGAUGGAAAGAAAUCCUGGAAAAGACGCUAUUUUCUUUUACGGGCUUCAGGAAUUUAUUAUGUCCCCAAAGGAAAGACUAAGACAUCACGGGAUUUGGCUUGCUUCAUUCAGUUUGAAAAUGUAAAUAUUUACUACGGAACACAGUACAGAAUGAAAUAUAAAGCUCCAACUGACCACUGCUUUGUACUAAAGCACCCCCAGAUUCAGAAGGAGUCACAAUAUAUCAAGUAUCUGUGCUGUGAUGAUGCAAGAGCUCUAAAUCAGUGGGUCACUGGAAUAAGAAUUGCCAAGUAUGGAAAGAUUCUCUAUGACAACUAUCAAAAAGCAAUGGCGAGAGCCGGACUUGCCUCUCGGUGGUCUAACCUGGGGACCGUGGACCCGGCCACUGCAGCUCAGACCCCCUCCAAAGGGCAUACAGUAAGCACUGUACAACCUAAUGGACAGAUUUCCCAGCCUACACAAUCUGUUAGUGGAAUUUUCCAAGAGGCCCAGAGACAUGUUGAAGCCACAAAGGAAAAGAAGCCAGCCAUUAGUAACUAUGAUGCACCAGCACCUCCAGCCAAUAAUCUGAAGAAAUCCCACCUGCAACCACCACCACCACCACAGCGUCGGUCUUCUGAUGUGAAUUCAGUGUCUCUGAUGCCCCCCAAAUCCAUCAUGAUACCCUCCAAACCAUCUCCUCAAGAUGAUUUUCCUUUACCACCACCAAUGGGAGAGGCUGAGCUCCCCCCACCGCCACCAGAUUUUAACGAAGAACCUCCCAAUUUUGUGCCUCCCCCACCUCCUACAGUUUCUAGUGAUGAUGAAUUUCCUUUACCACCUCCUCCUCCUCCACCUCCACCAUUCCAAUCCACAGAACCCAGUAAACCUCCCCCACCCAUCAUUAAAAAGCCUCCAAUGCCUCCUAAAAGGCUAGAUAUUCCAGGACCAGCCCCUGGGGGUGCAAGUGGGGAACAAGAUUUUAUGUCUGAUUUGAUGAAAGCUUUGCAAAAGAAAAGAGGCAACCUAUCCUGAACUUUGUUUGUUUGUUUCCUGGAAGAGAAACAUGACAAAAUAUUCCUACCUAAAUAAGUAUACCUUUUUUUGAUUGUGUAUUUUAAUUGUUGUAUUCUUUAGACAAUCAAUGAUUGUCAAUAUAUAAAAUAUUGACUUCAAAGUAGAAAUAUUUUCAGUCAUUCAGUCAUUAACCUUUUAGAAUUGAUUUACUGACUUGUGGCUAAACAUAUGUCUUUUCUUAUCUUUGCACUUCAACUGAAUAUACCCUUGUUUUUUAAAUUGACCAUAAUUAUGUUAUGUGUCUCUUUUAUUUUAUAAAAGAAGAAUUACAUAAAAUGUAACAUUUUAUAUAGAAGGUAGUAGGUGGAAAUUAUGGGGAGGCAGAUCUUAGCCGAGUAUUGAGAACUUUCUAAGAGAGCUUUCCAAUAAUGGAGUAAGCUGCCUUGUGACAUACUGUAUGUCUAAUAACUGAGGCCACAUGUAAGGCCAAAGCUGGGGAUGCUAUAGAGGGACUACAUUUGUUGGGUGGGAAGGUGGACAAGAUACCUCCAAGAACCCUCCAAAUCAUAAUAGUCUAUAAUUCUAUAUUUAAAAGCUAAAAGGAAAACGUUUUCCCUUUGUGUUUCUCAGAUCUAAUAGAUGAAAAGGCAGCACAGCGUCCUGGGCAUAAAGCUGAUCUUGGAGUCACAAAAUUUUAGAGUUGGUUAAGUCUUCAGUGUCCACACAGUCCAUCUAAUUCAACUAGCUCUACAGCCAAGAGCAAACCUCUUAACUUCCCAGAAUCCCAGAAAACUCUAAAACUAUAAAUUACAGAUAAAUCAAGCCUGUCUUACUAGAGGGAGUUAAUACACCAUUGUAGAGAACUUAGUCCAGACCAAAAAGUGGGGUGGGGAGGGGAGAAGGAAAACGGAACACAAAAUAUUUUAUAAUAUAAUCUACCUUUUAAAGUAAUUUUUAAAUAGUUAUUAAUUCUGGUCACAUUUCUCAGUGUUAUCACCAACUCUUAACAAUGCAUUUCCCCAUAGCAUGUAUACCAGUUUCUCCAUAUUCCUAGGAAAACAAAAGGAAAAGAAAUUUAAAAGGCAGUUUAUUCACUUUGUUUUUAGUUGACUGCCCAUUUCAUUUUAGGAUGCACUGUGCAUGUCCUUGGUUUUUUCAUGUAUGAAUAACACAAAAGAGAUUUGAAUUUGUAAAUUAACCACCACUAAAGUAUUGUGCAUUCUAACUCAAAAUUUUUCAAACCUAAGAAAGAUGAUUAUGCCUCCAUUUUGGUAUAUGAAAAAUGAAGUUGAGAAAAUACGCUUAAUUCCAUUUUACUUAUAAAGAAAACAUAUAGGACCUAAGUAUUUUUUUUUAAUAUGGAUGAAAGAUUUUCAGGUUUGCCAGUUUUUAACCUAGAUGUUAAUUUAAAUAUUAUCAGUUUGUCUUUAUAAAGUACAGCUGAGGGAGAUAUGAUUACAUUUCAAUAUAUUUAUUAGAUUAUAAUUUAUGAGGUCUUAUUGGUUAUUUUAUGAACAUGUGUUAGCACAAGGACAAAGAAUAACUAACAUACAUACAAAAUUCCUCUUUAAAUCCUGUAAAUCUAUAGAAAAUUACCAGUUAUCAACAUCUGAUUCUGGGAGGACCAGAGAUAUCCAAGCUAAUUAAAAUGUGAGAUUUCCCAAUAAUUAGUGAAAUAAAUCUCAGGAAAGCAUUUUCCCUGAUACUUGACCCAAAUGCAGUGAAGAAGGGCAGGUACCCAUGGCAUCUCCCUGCUUUACCCUGCCUGCUGGCCAGUCUAAUGUAAGCCGAUCUCCAUAGUCAUAGUCCCCGUGAGCUCAGGGAUCCAUUUCCUUGUAAGGCCCCAAAGGCAGCACAGUUUAGUGGAAAGACUAGGACCUUUGGAGUCAGAAGAUCUAAGUUUAAAUCCUGGUUGUCCUACUUUUAGUACCUUUGUGAGCCUCAGUCAGACUACAUUAUUCCUGAGGUUCUUUCUAGCAUAAAAUUUUAUCUUAUUUUAACACAUAUGAUAAAUUGGAUUAGUUCCUGAGCUGCCUUUGUGGUCUAGGUUUGCUUCCAAGCAAGUGUAAGAGCCCCAUCAAUUCGAACUCCCUAAGACCACCUAGACCCCUAUGAGACUGAGCCAGAACGGGGCUUCUCAGAUUAGCCUGAAGUUGGUUCUCAUUUUUUUCCUGAUUUCUUCUCAGAUUUGUUGUUGUUGUUGUUCAACACGUCAGACCAGCUUUUUGUUGUUUUCUGAUGUAAUUACUAAAAGUAAAAACUGUACAACUGAAUGCCUCCAAGGUGGUGAAUGAAUCUCCACCCCCUUCUGUCAGCUCCCUCCCAGUUGGCUGUCACAACUCGGUGGUUCAGCCCCAACCCCCUUUACUGCAGAUUAUCUGUUGUCCCUCUGUGACCUAAGGGGGAAAGAGAUAUCCUCAUUAAAUCUGGAAGCUAACUUUUAUGUACAAUUCUAAAUUCCCAGAUGGCUCGGAAAUGAGUCCUAAAAUUCCCUCUAAAGGCCCUCUUUACUUCCACAUUCAUGACUGUUCUGGAUAGAGAUUGUUAACAACUCUACCACUGGAUAACUUUAUAGAUCACUAUAAAAAUGUAAAUGCUAUAAAAUUUUUGUUUUUAGAGUUCUGUGAAUAAUUUUAUAUAUACACAAACUUUAUUUUGUAGUCACAGAAUUUUAGUGUUAGAAGGUACCUCCACAAUUAUCUAAUCCAACCACUUCAUUUUAUGCAUGAGGCUCAGACACAUAGCAGCAGAGGUAGCCCAAGAACACACUUCUCCUGACUAGGAGGCCUUUGUCUUCCCCCUGGGCCAUGCAUGGUUGGGGGUUGGGUAAGGCCUUGGCUAUUAGGGUCCAAAGAAGCGGCAUGCUGAAGUCUGUAUCAUAACAAGGAAAUCCACUGGAAAAGUCAGAAGACAAUCAACAGAUCAAAGACAAGGCUGCUAACAAAAGAAAUUCAGAGAACAAGCCCGAGACAGAAGCCUAGGAGUCAAGAGAGGAGGUAAUGCAGACAGCACAGCUUGUAUACCAUGCCCCAGACUGAGGUCUGAACAGUUCUCAUGCACCAGCACCAUCCCAUCCUGCAUCUCUACUAGCACUGGGUCCUGUAUAUACCAUAUGUUUCCACAAAACAAAGAUAAGUUGAAUACUUGAUAAAUAAGUUUUGUACACAGAUAAAAUAUUUUCAAGCAGAA